GGGGAAAGGAGCGAGGUCUCAACUCAAAGCCCCGACGUUUCCUGCCUUCCACAGCCGGCGGCCGCCCCGCAUUCUUGGCAUUCCUAGGCUGUGACUCCGAGGUCGUCGUAGUCGUCUCCGCUGAGCAGCAGCGCUUGGAUGAGAAAGAGAGCAGCAGGGCAGGCGCGCUCGCCCCAGUGCAGUGGCCGCCUCCGCAGCGCCCGGCCCUCGUUUUAAUAGCGAGACAGUAAUCCCUGCACCGCCCCCCCCGCACCAAUUUUUCCGUUCCCUCGCUCUCCUCCUCUUCCUGAAUUUUGCGCUUCCUUCCCCAACUCCAAACUUUUCUCUAGCGCCCCUGUGCCUUAGGAGGGGGGGGGGGAACCAAAGGCGGAGCCGUUUCGCUCUCCCGUUUUUGUCGCUCCCCCCACCAACCAGGAUCCCGCUUCUCUUUCCUUUCAGCCCGCCCCCUCCCCUCCCCCGAUUAACUUUUGCAACGAACGGACCUCUCUCGCCUGAAACUUUCUUCCCCCUCCGGAUUGGAUUCUUGUGGUUAAGACAGACGCCUGGUCCAUCCGUCGUGGCUCGAUUUUCUUCGGGAUUUCCCCCUCCUCUCCCAAAAAAAGUGUGGGUUCCCCCACCGCCCCCGGGAGGUGGAGGCGAGAGAAGAAAAAAGAGGCUCGUGAUCUGGCUUCUUCGGGCAAAACAGCAUUUGGUUGAUCCCAAGACAUGUGAACAGGAUAUUGCUGUGAUACCCACCUUUGGCAUGGGCUACCUUUUGCAAACCUGGAGGAAAAAUUCUGGAAAUAGAGGAACAACGUUCAGACCUUCCUUACUAAGAAGAUCCAAGGUGUGAGAAGAAGAGGGCUAGCUGCUUUAGCCUAGCAGACAUGCCUUUUGGGCUGAAAUUACGAAGGACUCGACGCUAUAAUGUCCGGAGCAAGAACUGUUUCAUGACCCGGAUUAAACUGUUGGAGAACAACGUGAUUGAGUGCACAUUGUCUGUGGAAAGCACUGGGCAAGAAUGCUUGGAGGCCGUAGCUCAGAGGCUGGAAUUACCAGAGACACACUAUUUUGGCCUUUGGUUUCACAACAAGAGCCAGCAAGUGCGAUGGGUGGAACUGGAGAAACCUUUGAAAAAGCAGCUGGACAAGUUUGCCAGCGAAUCUUUGCUUUUCUUUGGGGUCAUGUUUUAUGUGCCCAGCGUUGCCCUCCUGCAGCACGAAGUUACAAGGUACCAGUAUUAUCUUCAAGUAAAAAAAGAUGUUAUUGAUGGACGAUUGCGAUCUUCCUUUGAACAAGGGAUAAGGUUGGCUGCACUGGCCGUUCAAGCUACAUUGGCAGCUCAAGUUGGCUUUGGAGAUUACCCUCAUUUUGAAUCUCAUGAUCUCCGGCAGUAUGUUUUGUUUCCUAUGGAUUUGAUUCAAAAUGAAGCCAUUUUGGAAGAAUUGAUUCAGAAGGUAGUCCAGGAACACAAAAAUCAUAGCAGCCUUUCUGCAGCAGAAGCAGAAUUGCUUUACAUCAGGGAAGUGGAACGACUAGAUGGAUUUGGGCAGGAAAGUUUUCCUGUGAAGGACAAUCAAGGAAAUGACUUUCAUCUUGGAAUUUUCUGCAUGGGGAUUUUUCUAAAGAACCCAAUGGGAAGAUCCACAGUGAACUACAGGUGGAAUGAUAUUGGAAAUAUAACACACAACAAGUCUUCAAUUGUUGUAGAACUGGUUAACAAAGAAGAAACUGUACUGUUUCAUACGGAUGACCUUGAAAACGCCAAGUACAUUUCACGGCUCUUUGCUGCGAAGCACAAGUUUUACAAACAAAACAAAAUCUGCACAGAACAAUCAAAUUCUCCUCCCCCUAUCAGACGGCGGCCCACAUGGAGCAGAUCAUCUUUGCCAAGGCAGCACCCAUUUAUUAUGCCUCCUGUGCAUGUCCAGUGUGGAGAACACUACACUGAAACUCACAAUUCACAAGAUAGCAUUUUUCAUGGAAAUGAAGACAUGUUUUACUAUAGAUCUCAGACUAGCUUGGACAGAUGUGCAAUGGACUUCAGCUAUUUGAACGGCAGUGUCCCAAAUGGCAGUGUGUGCAGUGCUCAAAGUAUGAACUCCCUCAACCAUUCACAGAACUUCAUUCAAGCUUCUCCAGUGUCCUCCAACCUCAGUAUCCCUGGAAGUGACAUUAUGAGAGCAGAUUACAUACCAAGCCAUAGACACAGUGCAAUAAUUGUCCCUUCGUAUAGGCCAACCCCAGAUUAUGACACUGUAAUGAGGCAAAUGAAGAGAGGAGUGAUUCACACUGAUAGCCAAAGCCAGUCUUUGAGGAACCUCAACAUUGGGAACACUCAUGUUUACAGCCAACCCACAGAUCUUGUAUACAGUCAACCAGAAAUUCAGGAGAGACCUUCUUAUACCAUUGCAUAUGGGCCUCAAGGCACUUAUAAAAAACAUGUGACUCCUUCUGAGCAAGUGAAUCCCAUGAAUGCUUUGCAGGCAAAACCGACAUCUAGUGCCAUUUCCCAUACAGUUAGCACUCCAGAGCUGGCCAAUAUGCAGCUCCCCGGCAAUCAAAGAUGUGGCCCUGCACACGUACUGAAGAACUACCUUUUCAGGCCGCCACCACCCUAUCCACGUCCACGUCCUGCUACCAGUACACCCGACCUAGCCAGUCACCGCCACAAGUAUGUCACUGGCAGUAGUCCUGACCUGGUCCCUCGGAAAGUGCAGCUUUCAGUGAAGACUUUCCAAGAGGAUAGUGCUCCUGUCAUCCACCAGUCACUGCAGGAAGUUAGCGAACCUCUUAUGGCAGCCAAACAUCAUGCGGCCAUCAACAAACGCCACAGUUUGGAAGUGAUCAGUAAUAUGGUGCGUGGAAUGGAAGCUAUGGCUUUAAAAAGCCUAAAUGCUCCCUUGCCACGCAGAAAUACCUUACGCAAUGAGAUGCAGCCAGAGGAAGUGGUGCAAAGAGGGCAUGAAGUUCAGCAGCUCCCUCAUUACCAUCACAAAAAGACCUUCUCAGAUGCUACAAUGCUGAUCCACAGCAGUGAAAGUGAAGAUGAGGAAGAAGCAUCAGAAUCUGUGCCUUCCAUGGCAGCCCUACAUGAAAACAUGGAGUAUAGCGUUCAGUUGCAAGCUGCCUUGGCUCGAAUACCUAACAAACCUCCUCCUGAGUAUCCUGGUCCUAGGAAAAGCGUUAGCAAUGGAGCUCUGCGGAAUGAGCAGAUGAAUAACGUUCCACGGGCUGUGUCUCGAGCCAAGGUGGUGAGGCCGGGACCAGCCAGGACAAUUAGCAUAUCUCGGACUGAUCAGAGCAUGAUGAAUGGAUCUUCCCUUGGUCCAUCAAUCUCUGAGCCAGACCUCACAAGUGUCAAGGAACGGGUCAAGAAAGAGCCGGUGAAGGAGAGGCCUGUGUCUGAAAUGUUCUCCAUUGAAGAUAGUAUUAUAGAAAGGGAAAUGAGGUAUCUAGAGAAACAGAAGAUGGCAGGCCUGGAAGCCCAGAAGAGGCCCUUGAUGUUGGCAGCACUCAAUGGACUCUCAGUUGCUCGAGUUCCAGUGCCUGAGGAUAGCCAAGAUGAAGGAGCCAAGGUGCCAAUGGAUGAGCGGUGCAAAACCUUGAGGAGGAAACUGGAAGAGGGGAUGGUGUUCACGGAGUAUGAGCAGAUUCCAAAGAAGAAGGCAGACGGAAUUUUUACCACUGCCAUUCUCCCCGAGAACAUUGAGCGUAAUCGUGUCAGAGAAGUUAUUCCCUACGAAGAAAAUCGAGUGGAGCUGGUACCCACCAAAGAAAACAAUACAGGCUAUAUCAAUGCAUCACACAUAAAGGUGACAGUAGGUGGAGAAGAAUGGCACUAUAUAGCUACACAAGGACCUUUGCCACAAACAUGCCAUGAUUUCUGGCAAAUGGUGUGGGAGGAAGGAGUCAAUGUGAUAGCCAUGGUGACAGCAGAAGAGGAAAGAGGAAGAACCAAAAGCCAUCGUUAUUGGCCCAAACUUGGCUCAAAACAUAGCUCAGCCACUUAUGGAAAAUUCAAAGUGACCACCAAGUUCCGGACUGUUUCUGGUUGUUAUGCUACAACGGGCCUGAAAGUCAAGCACCUAUUGUUAGGACAAGAGAAGACUGUGUGGCAUUUACAGUACACCAACUGGCCAGAUCAUGCUUGUCCAGGAGAGCAAGACUUCCUUUCCUAUUUGGAAGAGAUCCAGUCGGUGCGCCGUCACACCAACAGCAUUCUGGACAGCAGUAAUAACUGCAACCCUCCAAUUGUUGUGCACUGUAGUGCUGGAGUAGGGAGGACAGGUGUGGUUAUUUUGACAGAGCUUAUGAUUGGCUGCUUGGAACACAAUGAGAAAGUAGACGUUCCAGUGAUGCUUCAACACCUGAGGGAACAAAGAAUGUUCAUGAUCCAAACUAUCGCACAGUAUAAAUUUGUCUACCAGGUCCUUAUCUUAUUUCUACAAAAUUCCAGGCUCAUUUAACACCUUUAAAAGAGACAUUCUUUUCAUUCACUUAUUUAGACAGCCUUUUUGGUUUGGCUGAGAAUCACCCUACUACAAAGCUGCUUGCUUUGCAGUAUUUUGUGACACCUGAUCAAAAUUGCUUCAAUGAUAAGGACACUUUGUUCUUCUUGCGGAUGAUUUUAUAUGAGAUAAUUUAUUUUUUUUAAAUGAUGUGUGAACUUUCUUAAUUGGUGGAACGUGGGGUAACCUUAAAAUGACGGAACCACAUUUGACACAUCUCUUUAUUGUAAUCUGUCUUUAGGACGGAAAAUAAUCCUAUCUGGAGAUGUUCUCUUGACCAUUGCAUUUCUAUAUGACAUGCAAGGCAGCUUUGCUAUUUUAUUGUAUUCUAUUUUAUUUUUGUGAAAAGAGUAUUUAGCAAUCUGUUUUCAGGGCUGUGCACAUAGAAGAAAAACCAGCUUAAAAAAGUAUUUGACUUUUGUUCAAAUUUAAAAGCAGAUGUAUGUCUAUAAUAUUAUAGAAAAGGAACAAGCUUUUGCCAUCUAUGAUACAUGCAGUGCCUUACAGAAUAGCAGGGGGAUUUCCAAUAAGCUCAAGAUUUCAAGGGUUCAGUACUAAGCAAGUAUGAUUAUACUGGUAGUACCUUGAUGAUGGAUAGUAGCAAUAUUUAAAGCUAUAAAAUAGCUGAAAUACUGGAAUGAGAUCCAUUCUAAGAAGUUUUUAAGGGUCCAAGCAAGAUCUAAUCAAUCCUAAAUCCUACAGUUGAUGCUGUAUCUUGAGUCUAGAAAUUGCCCUGCACAUGAUGUGAAAUACCGAGAUCAGGGGUGUUUUUCAAGUCAGAUUAUUCUUUGAAUCAUACAGAGUAAAUCUGAAGAUCUUUUCUAUUGAUGGCCAUAUUUUGGUAGAACAUUCUGUUGGUGCAUGCUGAUAGUAGCAGAGUCACCCUUUCUGUGACUUCCUCUCUGUUCUCUCUCCUUCUAAGGGAGAGGUAUAUAUGGAGAAUGGUUGUUUAGCUUUUUUUAGAAAUCUUACUAGGUUAACAUGCAAACAGCUUUUGAGGUUAAUCUUGUGUCCAAUUACUGUAAGCCAAUAACUACCUGUAGCCUAGAACAGCAGGUAUAAGGACAUGACAGUUGAAAGUGUUUUAAAAACAUCCAUUUAAAUGAAUAGGAAAUGCUAACUUAUUGAUUUAGUAUUGUUUGCAAAAGAGAAUGUUCUAGUGGUUUAGGUAUGUUGCCCUAAGUGUCUCCAGGCUCUAAAACCCCUGUAGGGUUUGUGUCUGCCGGCUCUGUUGUGUGGCUGCAAUGCAUUCCUUGGAUUCACAAAUAAUUUUUAAUCAUCUUCACAUAAUGUAAUAAUUAUGUUAAAUUAGACUUUUUGCUUAUUGCUCUUGAAAAAUCAGGUGAUGGACAGAUUGUCAUGGACAAAAUCUACGUUGUCGCUAGGAAUUGACAGUGACUUGAUGGUACAUAAUCUUUGAUCCAUUUAUCUCAGCAGUGUCCACUCUGAUUUGCCAUCGCUCUCCAAGGUCCUGAUUCAAAUUAUUUCCCCCUCCCACUGAACAAUAUGAUUUGCUCAUCAAAACAUCCAUCUGACAUUGAGUUAUUAUAACCAGUUUUAAUAUUGCUUUUAUACAUAAUAAUCCUGUGUUGCCUUUUAAAAUACUUAUGAUUCCUCCCUUCUCCUCCUCCCCCCCAAAUUUCUAAAUUAGACAAUAGUAUUAAAGCUGAUAUGCUUAGGAUGGGUUAUAGACUUUGUGGAAAUGAGCCAGAUUCAAGAUUUUUAACCAAUCCAAAAUAUAAAAAUGAAUAGGGAUUUUUUAAAAAAGAGAGGAAGUUAUUUUUGUGACCAAACUAUAGAUUAAAAUUGAAUAUACAUGAAAAGAAUGAUAUCAAAGCAAAAGUCACAGUUUCUAGCAUGCUUUCUUUUAGAUGAACACCCAAAGUGACAUUGCAGGCAGUUUCUUGAAUAGAAGAGGCAUUCCCAUUGUAUAUCCGAUGGGAAAAAUAUCUCUUAACAUAAUGUUUGACACCUGUGUUGUAUCUAUAUUUAUAUUAUACAAGUAAUCCUUGACUUACAACCACAAUUGGGUUCAACAUUUCCAUUGAGCAAGGCAGUUGUUAAGUGAGUUGUGCCUUAUUUUAAACCAUUUUUUGCAAUAGUUGCUUAGUGAAUCAUUGCCAUUGUUAAGCGAAUUAUGUAGUUACUAAGUGAAUCUGGCUUCCCCCAUUGCUUGUUGGAAACCAGCUGGGAAAUUUACAAAUGGCGAUCACAUGAUCCUAGAACAGUGCAGCUGUCAUAAAUAUCUGCCAGUUGCCAACCUACCCAGGUUGCUGGGUAGGUUGAAUGCCACCAAGUGUUUACUGGACCCGUGCUUUGACCAUUAGUAGUUCAGAUUCUUGUAAAGAUCAUUAGCAUGCAGUCAUUUGAACCACCUUGACUCCUGAUUUCUUGCAUCUGACAUGAAUGGCUAUAAGUCAAGGACUACUUAUACUAUAUUUUACAUAGUAUAAUAUAUACUUUUUAAAAAAACUGCAGUUUCUUUGUAGGGAUUAAACCUGCAGUCUUGUCUAUAUGUUCCUGGGAGCAAGUCCCAUUGAUCUCAGAAGGAUUUACUUCUAAGUAUAUAUGGAUAGGCUUAACUUAUUUCACUGCCCUCACAUGUUAAAUCUAAACCACUGCUCAAUUCACCCCAACCUUACUAAGAAAAAGACAGAAUUCAAGCCACCUUAAAUAUUUAGGAAAAGAAUAUAUAGAGAAUGUCUUCUGUUGAUGCUCCUUUAGAGACUCUUAUUUCUUUAGUGUGCAGUUUCCAGUCCAGCAUAUCUUUGCCAAUGCCAACAUAUCUCUUGUUAAAUUAGCUGAAACCAUUUAAAGUCUUUUAGUGGCAUCUGCGUGAUAAUUGAACAGAGACGCUUUGUAUCUGGGAAGCUGGCCAAGGAAUAAACCUUGAAGCAAAGUGUAUUAAAUUAGUUAUCUCAUUAUAGUUUUUUGAAUAAUUUCCUAAUGAUGAAUUAAGUUUGAAACCAGAGCUGUCAAGUCCCAUUGCUCUAUUUGGCCUGACAGGUAGGGAGUUAGAAAGAGAAAAUAAUCCCCUCCAAGGUCUGAUUGCUCUGAGAUUUAGGAUGUGAUCUGUAUAGUCUUGGCUGUUCUAGAAGUAUGCAAACCAAAAGAAGUUAUUUAAUAAGCAGGCAUAAUGGAUACUAAAAAAGGAAGUAUUGAUGAGACAUUGCCAAGGCGUUUUGUCACAAUGUAUACCUAUCUUGCACACAUAAUUGCAAGGGAAAUCUUCCUGCAGUUAAACACCAAUGCCCAAGACCAAGCCACUAAUACUAAUAUAAUAAAGAACCACUACUAAUAUAAUAAGGAACCAUUUUCACACUAUAAGGUAGUCUACAAGGAAGAUGGUGUUCAAAGAAAAAAAUUAAGACUAUUAAGGUACAUACUAUUUUAGUGUGAUUUUCAUACUAAUGUUGACCUUAACAAGCUUAAUUUUAAAAGUCUUGCUCAAAUUCUAAUGACCCUCAGCAUCAGAAGCUUUAUUUUGUUAAUGUUUGAAGAAUCUAAUGUUAAUUAAGCAUCAUGCUGUAAAGACAAAACUUAACUGAUUAUAUUAAUGAUCUUAAUUUCAAGAAAGUUCAAGAAUGAAGUUACUUCAAGGAAUAAAUCCAAGGAUAGUUUUUUUUUAAAAAAGCAACUGUUGUUAAUCUCAGAAUAUCAUAAUGUUUCAGGGGAUGAUGCGAUAUCCCCUGUUCCUGUACUGCACAGAUGUCAAGCUCAUGGCGUCACAUUGCUGUUGUGUGACACUUUGCGACGUUAUUCCCAUUUGCAGAGCUGGGGUGGGUAUGUCCUGCGCUUGACGCAUCAGGCCCACAGGCUGCCAGUUUAACACCUGCUAUCCUGAGUAGUAUAGAGAGAUGAAUGGAACUUCAGUUGCAGGCCGGCUAUAGAGUAAGACACUUGUACUCAAAUGUAUUAGUGAACAUCAAGUUGAAGAAUGGUCUUUUAUUCCCUUUCCUAGAAUUUACAUAGAUCUAUUAAUCACCCCAGUUCUGAGAUAAAAUUUCACAUUAGCAGAUGUAUGGCCUGUGGAACCAAAAUUCUGGUUUAAAUUAAGUUAGUUAAUUUCAGAAAAAGCUAAGUAAAAUUAUAAAGUUCCUCUUGUGGGUUAAUAUAAAUAAUAAUGAACUAUGGAAUUGUAGGAAAAAAAUCAAUAGGCAAUAUUCAUACAUCAUUGCAAGCAAAUUAAUGUUGUACAGAAUGAUAAUAUCUGACAAUGUAAACAUCAUAAUCUUUUCCCCCAACUACAUAACAGAAGGCUCUUACGGCCCAUGAAAGAUGUGUUGAAUGGAAGCAAUUGGUUUGGUAGUGCUACUCCUUAGAUAGUUUCACUCUAACCUAACAUGAUUCAUUUUUUAAAUCAUCCUUGUUAAAAUUAUUAUAAUAUAUUCUAUACAUGGCAGAAUU